AUGGGCAUCGAGCAGGUGCUCGCGACGAUGGGCUUGAGCCCGGGCGACCCAGAGACCAUCUUUGACAUUCACUCGCGCGAAGGCGCUGGCGCCUUUGGCCGCGUCUUCCGCGCGACGUGCCGCAGCACGCAGCGCGAAGUCGCCCUCAAGGUCAUCCCGAUUGCGCUCAAGCCAGGGCAGCACGGCGAGGACGUGGAGAACGUCCGGCGCGAGAUUGAGUUUUUGCGCGAGUGCGACCACCCGAACGUCGUGGCUUUCUACGACGCGUACUACAAGGACGGCGCGCUCUGGAUCGCCAUGGAGUAUUGCGGCGGCGGGUCCGUCGGCGACAUCUCACGCCAGCGCCGCCUCGUCGAGCAAGAGAUCUCGAUCAUUCUGCGCGGUGCGCUGCAUGGCCUCGCCCAUCUGCAUGCGAAGAAGAAGAUCCACCGCGAUGUCAAAGGCGGCAACAUCUUGCUCACGGCGGACGGUGAUGUCAAAAUCGCCGACUUUGGCGUCUCGGCGCAGCUUCGCGACACGCUGUCGCGCCGUGGCACCUUUGUCGGCACGCCGUACUGGAUGAGCCCCGAAAUGAUCCAAGACUGCGACUACGACUACAAGGCCGACAUUUGGAGCCUCGGCAUCACGGCGAUCGAGCUCGCCGACCAAAAGCCGCCUCUCUUUGAAGAGCACCCAAUGCGCGUCUUGAUUCAGAUCCCGCGCAACCCCGCGCCGCGGCUUCGCCAGCCCCACGAAUGGUCGUCGGUCUUUUCCGACUUCUUAAAGUACUGCCUCAAUAAGGCACCGGCAGAUCGACCGUCGGCCAUCGACUGCCUCGCGCAUCCGUUCAUCACCAACUGGCAAGACGUCGCACGCGUGCUUCCCGAUGGUCUUUCACCUGCGGCGCCAACAACCACACCAACAACAAAGGAGGCACUGGACAAGACGGGCUCAGUCCUCGACCCCUCGGCCACCCCAGUGCAGUCGCAGGGUGAGCAGGCCUACGUCACGUGCACGCAAGAGACGAUGCUGCCAAGCGUCCAAUCGAUGCCCGAUGGCGCGGCGUUGGCAGCCGACGACGCUGGUGCUGCAGCUACGACGACGGCGACACUCGUGACGCCAAGUGAGAACUUUAUCGGUGCCCCGUUCGAAGUCGCCCAUGACGUCUGCGUCAAGUACAACUCGUACCGGGCCCAGUACGAAGGCGUGCCGACGCACUUGAUCGCGCUGCACGACCAGUUUGGCCUACCGUUGGACGCCAUGCGGUGCAGCAGCAAACUCCCAAACGACUUGGUGCCGUGUUUGCUGCACAUGCUGCGUCGCGAGCUGCUUGCGCGGAACGGCGCCAGCAGCAAGUACAUUUACCGGUCGUCGCCCGACCACGGUGAGAUCCACGCGGCCAAAACCGCGCUCAACGCUGGUCGCUUUGACGUCAAGCAGCACAGCGACCCGUUUGUACUGGCCAGUCUUCUCAAGCUCUGGUUCCGCGAGCUACCGACACCGCUGCUCCCAUCGACGCUUCGCCCGCACCUCGACCGCCUCGCGGCCUGCGCGACGCUCGACGAGAGCAAUAAACGCGAUGCUUCGAUUACGGCGGGCCGUGCAACCGUCAACGAGUGCGCGCUCGGUCUUUUACGGGCGCUGGACGCCCAGACCCGGUCGGUCUUGGAGUGGCUUCUCGACCACUGGCUCGAGAUUGUGCUCCACACCAAGACCAACCUCAUGACUGCCCACAGCCUCUGCAUCGUGUGGGCCCCGAAUUUGUACCGGCUUGACGACGCCACGUCGCCCAUGGAGGCGAGCAAGGUCUCGAACCUCGUCGCGCUCAGUUUGCAGGUGUGUCUAGCGUGGCGUGACACACAUCUGUCGAUGCGCCGCGCCAACGCCGGCAUCGCGUCGGCGCUCGCCUUUUCGCCGCCGUCGACGCCAACACCUCGCAUUGCCGAGCCUCUCUUUGACGUGCGCACGCCGCUGCUCAGCGUUUUGCGGCGCAGUGUCGACGACGUCUUGGCACGUGUUAUCGACCCGAUCGAUGAAGCCGCGCUGCGUCAGGCGCAAGAGGUUCUCUGGUCCGUGCUCCGCCUCCACGCCCGGUCGAAAAGCGAGCGCGACUUUGCCGACAAGCUCCUCAAGCGCAGCGUGGCCGUGACGAUGCCAGCGUCCUUGCGCGACGUGGCGCGAUUUGUCAUCAUGACACUCGACCUCGAGGCGUUUCAAAACGCGGUGACGCACCAUCGAUCUGUCACGAUGACACUCCACCAGUUGAGCGAGCGCUAUCCGUGCCUAGCAAAGCAUACCGCGCUUCCAUGCUUCUCAAAUGCAAGUAUAUAG